AUGGGCAUGAAGUCAUUGUCUUUAACCCAGAAGCUACAGGGAAUCUCACAAGAUUAUGACUACGGAAUCGUACCAGGCUCAUCCACAAUAUUUAUGAGGGAUGAAGUGAAUGGAAUUGCCCGCCUAGACUUGACAUUACUUGAAGGUGUAAUGGUUAUAAUUGAAGUGUGCGACCAAGGUUACAAGCUUUGUUCAUAUAUUUCUUUGUCCGCCACACCGUCUGCCUUUCAAGCCGGUGAAGCGAUUAAAGAACAUGUAGAGGUGCCCUUUGAGAGCAUGGACAAUUUGCUUAUGACCAUAUCUCCUGCCUUUCGUGAACGACUCGAGAGAGUAUUGUUUGACAAACUACAGGAUAUUCAUUCCGACCCUUCACUUCCCGUCACACACAGCCCAACCCCACAUUCUUCAUCUAGUACAAAGUUACAAGACUCAUUCGAUGAUAUCAACGAUUGGAUUCACUAA